AUGAAAGCCUAUCUAAUAUACCUUGUGCUGAUUGUGAAUGGAUGGAAUGCGUGGUUGGGAAGUGCGACAAUGGAUCCUAAUAAUAUAGAUAUGAAUGAAAGUUACUUGCCUGGUGCUUUGCCUUUAGCACCAGUGGAUGAUACAAGACUUGGUCAACCUCCUGUGCGUAGGGAGGUGCCUGACUCGGCAUCUUGGCAGUCGACUUCAAAUAUAGAUGAGAAUGGUAUGUAUUAUAAUACAACUUCAAAUUCAUCUAUGUAUAUGAAUAGUGGUAUGGCGCCUAAUUACAAUGCAUGCUUAGGUACGAGUGGAGGCUAUAACUUUAAUUCGGAUGUUAGUUCCUAUCAAAAUGAUGGUAUGUGUUAUGACUUAGAUGCUGGCCGAAUUUAUGCUCCUGAUAAUAAUGGCUUAAAUCAAAAUACUAACCCAAUAGUUGACUUGACUACGAAUAGCAACCCAUAUCAAAGUAGUAACUCUUAUCAAAAUGAUAAUAUUUCUCAAAGUAGUAACUCGUAUCAAAAUGAUAAUGUUUCUCAAAAUAGCAACUCGUAUCAAAAUGAUAAUGUUUCACAAAAUAGCAACUCGUAUCAAAAUACUAACUCUUAUCAAAAUACUAACCCAAUACUAACCCAAAGUACUAAUACAAGACAACAAGUUGACAAAUGCCAAGAUACCAACCCAGUUCAAGAUACUAACGUAACUCAAAGUAGUACUUUACAAGCUGACCAGGAGCUAGAUGGUGCGCAUAUUUCCUCGGCGCUUAAGAAUAUGAAUGAGCAUCUGAUGGUGUUGAGUCGUCUUAUAUUGGCCAGUCGCGCCUGCAUUGUUUGUCCAUUACAUGUGCAACGCACCCGUUGCGUCUCGCUUUGGGCUAAUGCUUUUGAUUAUACUCUGGGCGGAGUUGUAGCGACUAAAAGCGAACGUGGGGCAAUUUUGCAUCGAAUAAGAUCUCGAGUUGAUGUUAUCAAACAGAUGCACGAUCGAAUAACGGAAUUAGGUAAGUUCUUGACUAUUUAUGCACAUUCGUACAGUAAGGAGUUUUCCCCUUGUAACCAAAUGAUUGCUUACUUGAUAAAGCUGUUUGAUAAUUUGUAUCUAUCAUCGGUUUCGUUGGAUUUCAGCACGCCGAUGGAUAUAGAUAAGAUGGAACGGCUAACUUGUUGCUACUUGGAGUUGGAAUACAAGAGCUUGUGGUUAAUUGGCUUGUUUUUGGAGAAGUUGGUUUAUCUGCAACACCAACCAAACUAUCCAUUUGCUUCUAUAGUUAACCAAACCAUUAUGUACUUGUUCUUAGCCCAUCAGACUUCAGCUAAUGCUGCCACUAAUAACUGUGGUCUUGUCUCAAUUCGGACCUACCACUAUAUUACCCAACUUUUAGAUCUUUGUGUAUCUAUUUUAGAUAAGAACAUAACUAUUAUUACAGCUGAAACUUUAGUACUGCUAUCUGCUCAAGAUGCCUUUAUUAGUCCCAUUUCGGUAGGCCCCAAUUCUACAGUCAAUUAUCGCCAUAUCCUAUCCUGCUACAAAUACCAAUUUACUGCUCGCCACAAUGCUGUUUCUAUUCUAUCCCAGCAAAUCGUCUUCCAAACUCGGAUUAUUCUACUCUAUAAUUCCCUACUUGAACUUCUACGCCCACAAGAAACUGAGUCCAUGGCCUUACCCAUCUUAUUAGGCCUGUUUAAGGAGUGUAUACAAGGCAGUUCUCCAGCUAUCCAAGAGUUAGCUUUCAAAGGGUUUGAUCCUAAUAACUAUCAGCCAUUCGUAAAGUAUUUCAUUGACAAAGCCCCAAUUCCUUCCACCACUCGAGCUUCUUUAUGUCAUACCUUGAUGUUCCAGCAAUACCUAGCUUAUUUCGGAUGCAACCUAUAUUCAACCCCAGGCCACACAUCAGUUGCCUCUCCUUCUCUAAUACCCCUCCAAAUUCUAGAUGAUCUAGCCCAGCGACUAAUCCAAUACAACCACGGCAUAGCCCAAGGCACAUGCUACACUGCCUAUACCAAGACCCACACGUACGUAUCUGAUAAAGAUCCAUUCUAUCAACAAUUCAAAUAUAUUCCUAAAAUCGAUUCUGACCCUGCUUAUGAGCAUACAGCUAAAGCCAAGGUAAGUCUCGACCAAACCGCCCAAUCUCCUUUUUUUUACCCUAUCUCUAAUGAUACAUAUCAACAAGCCUAUUCUUAA